AGUGUAAUGAAAGGCGUUUGCUCUGAGGGAUCUCGAUGUUCGGGGGGUCAAGACUCCAUGCUUUCAAGUUUCUGAAUCAAUGUUCCUCUUUGGGAUGUACAAAGGACCGUAGGCUUACUCGGAUCAAUCAACGCUCAUCCGUAUUUUGCUCCUAACUGGGUGUCCCCGGAUUUGUUUUUCUUAUGAGACGGGCCGAGCCAGCCAAUCAAAAUAGAGUCCCUCAAGGUGAAGGUGGAUUUCCUGACGGCGCCCUUCGGCCUAAAGAAACCCGUGCUGAAAGAGGCGGCGGCCGUGUUGGCGGCAGUUCCGGGGUCGGGGAAGCCGAAAUCCAUAAACGUGGAUCGCCACAAAGGCCGCUACUCCGAAAACAUGGACAACGAGUCCCAAUAUUCCGGGUACUCCUACAAGUCGGGGCAGUCCCGGAGCUCCCGCAAACACAGGGAACGGCGGGAUCGCCAUCGAAUGUCAGAGUUGUCACCCUGGGACAGGACUACAGAAUCUCGGAUGUAUGUUUUUGAAGCAGAGUUGAGAGGGGGAGAUGUUCUGCACACUUCUCUCAGGACUAAAGCAGAAGUCAAUGUCAGGGGGAGUCAUGUGACCUUUGGGGGGGCGGGGUCAUACUGGAAGGGUUACAAUGACGCUGGGCGAUUUGUAUCUAAUGUCACUUCUUGUGUUUUUGCUCUGCAGGAUGACAACUGGGGAGAAACCACGACGGUGGUCACGGGGACAUCUGAGCACAGCAUAUCCCACGAUGACAUCACCCGGAUCACUAAGGACAUGGAGGACAGCGCCAGCCUGGACUGCUCCCGCCACCUGGGCGUCAUUGUGGGCGGAGCCCUGGCCCUGGUCUCCUUCCUCACCCCCAUUGCCUUCAUGCUGCUGCCCAAAAUCCUGCCGUGGGACCUGGAGGCCUGCGGCACGCCCUGCGAGGGCCUCUUCAUCUCCGUGGCCUUCAAACUCCUCAUCCUCCUGGUGGGCAGCUGGGCGCUCUUCUUCCGCCGCCCCAAGGCUUUCUUCCCGCGGGUCUUCGUCUUCCGGGCGCUCAUCAUGGUGCUCAUCUUCCUCCUGGUGGUGUCCUACUGGCUCUUCUACGCCGUCCGCAUCCUCACCACCGCCGAGCGCAACUACCAGGGGAUCGUACAGUACGCCGUGUCCCUGGUGGACGCCCUGCUCUUCGUCCACUACCUGGCCGUGGUCCUCCUGGAAUUCAGAGACUGGGGAGGAGGCCUCGGCUCAGAGACUGGGGAGGAGGCCUCGGCUCAGAGACUGGGCUCAGGCUUUCUCCGGGGCCACUUUACUGAGGCUCUUCCACACAUCGCGCCUUGUUACGAGAGGCCUCCGGCCAGAGGAAGCAACACAAACCAAAGGGCCCGGGGCUCUGACACAGAGACCACUUCAAGGGGAAACUCCUCUUCCAGCAUUGGCUGGACUAUGGCUUGGCGACCAAAUCCACCAAAUUGCCCAUCUGAGCCCAACAGCGUCAAUGGAGGAACCUCCCUGACGACUAUCCGAAUCCUCCGAACAGUGACUGAAUCUGAUUGGUUGCUGUUCUACAACCGGCUGGACAAACUUGGAUUUACAAAAUUGAAGGAUCCGGGUGGAAAAUUCUUGGGGCCGAGAGGGCCAACCAUGGCUCGAAUGGAAGGAACGGAGCCAUCUACUCACAGUAUCCAGCGAGUCGCUGUAUGGAUUUUGGAAAAUUAUUAUCACGACUUCCCCGUCUACAACCCCGCCCUCCUGAACCUGCCAAAAUCCAUCCUGAGCAAGAAAAUGUCUGGAUUCAAGGUCUACUCGCUCGGAGAGGAAAAUUCUACUAACAACUCCACAGGGCAGUCACGGGCCGUAAUAGCAGCAGCCGCCAGGCGGAGGGACAACAGUCACAAUGAGUAUUACUACGAAGAGGCGGAGCACGAGCGGAGAGUGCGCAAGCGGAAAGCAAGGUUGGUGGUGGCGGUGGAAGAGGCCUUCACCCACAUCAAGCGUCUCCAGGAAGAAGACCCGAAAAACCCACGUGAGGUCAUGGAUCCGCGGGAGGCUGCCCAGGCUAUCUUCGCUUCCAUGGCCAGAGCCAUGCAGAAAUACCUGCGCACGACGAAACAGCAACCGUACCACACGAUGGAGAGCAUUCUCCAUCACCUGGAGUUCUGCAUCACUCAUGAUAUGACACCAAAGGCCUUCCUCGAGCGGUACCUGGGCCCCGGCCCCACCAUCCAGUACCACAAAGACCGCUGGCUAGCCAAGCAGUGGACUUUGGUGAGCGAGGAACCCGUGACCAACGGGCUGAAAGACGGCGUUGUGUUCGUCCUAAAGCGGCAAGACUUCAGCUUGGUGGUCAGCACCAAAAAGAUCCCUUUCUUCAAGCUCUCCGAGGAAUUUGUGGACCCCAAAUCUCAUAAGUUCGUCAUGAGGCUCCAGUCAGAGACCUCGGUCUGAAACCUUGUUUUUUGGA